AUGGCUCCAUCUACGCGACGUGGUGUACGCAAUGCCUACCCGGAGCACGAUGACUUCGAGGGCCUCCCCGUCCGCCAGUGGCGGCACGAAUGGAUCAACAUCGAACCGCCCGUGACCACCCACACGAGCGAAUCUAAAAGCAACAACCGGUGGGCCAUAGACCUGCCUCACGGCAUGCCCAAGGACUGGCACCUGCUGCCACCCCAUACCCAGGACCUGCUGCGCGCUGCGCGCUCCGGCAUCUUGUAUAAACGGCGCGCGCCCGUCGAGGAGGAGGAACCGGAAGCCGACGGUGCGGCUGCUACGGCGGCUGGUGCAAACAAUGCCUCCAAUGGGGCGUCAGGCGUGGCUGGCAAAACGGCUGGUACAGGUACCGCCGGCCACGGUCACGGUGCACAUGGCCAGGGAAGCAACGGUGCUGCGGCAGGUGGCGCGACGGGCAGCAGUGCACAUGCAAACGGCGCUGCCGGUGCUAGCGACAAGAAGAAGAACAAUGCCAGCAGCAACAACACCAAGGACAAGGAAAGUGGCUACGCUGUCAAGGUGUGGAAGCAAAUGGCCCGCGACAUCGACUCGCCGAUGCCCUCUCAUCUUGCCAAGCGCCGCAAGAACACCAUUGUUCUGCCGCCCAAGCAGUUGACUGACAGCAACGGCAUGCCGGCCAGCGCCAGCUUCGCCAUGCCCAUGGUUACCGUGGCCAGGGUGCGCCGCCUCGAUGCCGCGGGCAACGCCUACGAGCAGUCUGUCACGCUCGCCGAUGGCCAGCAGCACGUGGUCGACGGCGAAAUCCUGUCCACGACCCUCCUGCCCGCCACAACGCGCGACCUGCCGCCGACGUUGCAGCAGCAACAGCAGCAGGGCGACCUGCAGGGGACACCGAACCGCAAGCGGGCGCCUCCGCCACGUCGCAAGCCGAAGGUAGGCCGGGGUCGUAAGAAGGGCGUCUUGCCCCCGGGUCUACAUCGCGGCCGUGCUGCCGCUGCCGCUGCUGCUGCUUCGGCCGCGGCAGCGGCAGCCGCUGGCAAUCCAGGCGACCCCGCUGCACCUCUGGCUGACGGUGUCGAAGGUGCGGCGGCUGUGGCGCCAGUGGACGGUGUGACCGCAACAGAAGGAACUCCGUCGCUGGAGCAGCAGCUGCCUCUUCCGCCGGUCGGUGACGACUACCUGCCUGCAACGAGCACGGAACCCGAAGGAGUUGCCAGCGAGAGUGUUGUUCCCAAGGACGAUUUCGAAUCGUCACUUGCCCCUGAGCCAAAGGAGGAGCCCCAGGACGAGGUGAUGACCGACGUGCCUGAGCAACCGCAGUUAGAAGCAAAGCCCGGCUCGGAGCAAGAGCCAAAGCAGGACAUGGUUGGCGAACUGCCGUCGCAACAGGAGUCAGCACAGGUGCCGUCAGCCGAGCCGGAGAGCAAACCAGAGCAGGUCGAGGAGCGGCCAGACGAGCCGAUGUUGGACCAGACGGCAGAACAGCCUGCUGCGGCCGAGCCAGAACUGCAGGAGACGCCUGCAGAGGUGCCCGAGGAUGAGGCGACGGCCGACGAGCCGCCGCUACAGAGCGCACCUGAACCCACACAUGAAACAGCGCCUGCUUUCGCAGAACCCGCCGUGCCGGAGCCGGCACCGGUGCCAAUGGCUGUAGACUCUGCUGUUGAGCCCACCACUGGGCCUGGGCCUACUGCUGCAAUUGCGGAGCCGGAGCCAGGACGUCAGCCAACACCCACCGUCAAGGAGACAGCUGCACCGGUUGCUGCUGAUCCGGAGCCCGAGGCGGCGUCGGCACCACCUGCACCAGAACCUGCACCAGAACCUGCGCCAACAGAACCUGCGAAGCAGCCUACGCCCGAUGCUCCGGCAGCCGCGCGCGAGCCAAGCCCAGAGACGAAGACGCCCGAGUCGGCGCCGGCACCUGCACUGGAACCUGAACCGACCAUUGCUGCUGCGCCUUCGGCCCCCCUCCGGCGCCCGCUGCUGAAGAGCCUGAUGCGGCCCCAGCGCCUCGCUCCUGUCGAGCCAACCCCAUCUCCACCACUGCCGGCGGCAGAGACCGAUGCACCUCCAAAGGAACCCACGCCUGUCUCGCCUCCAGCAGCAGCCGCUCCUGCUGUCGACGACACACCGGCAGCGCCAUCGACGGAGGAACGGACAGCAGAGCCUGAUGAGCCGGUUGUUGCUGGUGUUGCCGAGUCUGCGGCUGCAACUGCGCCGGCGGAGGCGAAGGACGCAGCCGGCGCAUAG